AUGUCAGCAGCGACCGCCGCGCGCACCGGCAUCUUCGGGCGGGUAUGGGCUGCCUACCUCCGCGUGCUUGAGGAACACCCGCUGCGGACCAAGAUGGGCACGUCGGGCUUCAUGUUCCUGCUCGGCGACAGCAUUGCGCAGUUCGGUAUCGAGGGGCGGCGGCCGUUCGGGUCCCAGCCAGCAGUCGAGGACGAGGAGGACUCGCCAGAGUGGAACCGGAAACGCACACUCCGAAUGCUCUUCUACGGGACCUGCGUCUUUGGCCCGCUCAACCACGCGUGGCUCAGCCUCGUGCAGCGUGUCGAGUUUGCGAACAAGUGGCGAACUGACAUCAGCACUUGCCGCGCGCGUUGCGCUCGACCAGGGAGUGUGGGGUCCCUUCAUUGUGUCCAUUUUGAGCUAACAGCAGUGUUCUGGACGGGCAACGGCGUGAUGGAGGGCAAGUCAGCCCCCGAGGUCAAGGCCAAGUGGGAGAUGGCGUUCGUGGGGUCGUACUCCAAGUCUCUCUGCGUGUUUGGACCGACGCAAAUCGUCAACUUCACGCUUACGCCGCCGCAACACCGUUUGGCCGUGCAGCAGCUUGUUGGUCUCGGCUGGAACACGUACAUCUCAUACAUGAACAACUUCAACAACCGGCGCCUGAAGCUCGCCGCGGCCGAGCUCGCAGCCGCGCAAGCCGCCGAGGCCGAGGCACUGGCGCACGGCGAGAUCGUGCGGUCCAUCGACCCCGCGCACCCCGCCAAGGGCUCCCACGAGGCGGUCGAGAAGGCGCAGAAGGAGGUCGAGAAGCGCAAAGCCAAGCUGGACAAGAUUGCGCAUGCGCAGGGCGGCGGCGCAGACGGCGUCGCGACGAGAAUGGGAUACUAG